AUGCAGAUUGUGGAGAUGAGAGUGCACAUGGACUGUCCUGGAUGCAAAAAAAACAUAGAGAAAGCCCUCAAAAAAUUGAAAGGAGUGGAUAACGUUGACAUAGACAUGUACAUGCAAAAAGUGACGGUUACCGGCUGGGCAGAACAAAAAAAGGUACUCAAAGCCGUGAGGAAGACGGGACGGACGGCAGAGCUAUGGCCGUACCCGUACAACCCAGAAUAUCAUGGUUAUGCUCCAUUCUACUACAAUCAAUACUACACAAGUGAAAGUCCAGCUAAUUACUACCAUGCAAGUUCGGCCAGUUAUUAUUCGAAUUCGGAGGCCCCCUCUACGUACAACUAUCAUAAGCACGGAUAUAACUAUUAUGCAAGUCCAGCCAGUUAUUAUUCGAAUACCGAGGCUCCCUCUACGUACAACUAUCAUAAGCACGGAUAUAAUGGCCACACCCAUGGUUACUAUCAGCAGCCACCGUCCUCCACUAUCUUUGAUGAGCGGACCAUUUCAAUGUUUAGCGACGACAAUGCCACUGUCUGUUCUAUUAUGUGA